AUGUCUGCUUUACCCUUUCUCGCGCUCAUGCGCCACCCUCUGCUGGACAACCCGCUCGUGCGCCACACUUCAUGGGACAACCUCCAGAAUGUAUUCCGUGCCACUCUGCUUCUCGACUUUCUUUUCUCUGGCUCCAAGCUUGGGAACAAAGAACUACUGGUGCCUACUCCGACGACUAACAAUGGUAUUGACAUGGACCCAACGCCGACGCGCACUGUGGUUGUAACUGCCGACACUAAGCUUUUGGCCUUUUUCUGUUGGGCGCUGUGCAUAGGCUUUGCUUUGGGUUUUACGGUAUGCUGGGUCCUCCGGGUUACAUCUAUCCAUACUUUGGACGAAAACAAGUACGAUGACGUUAUGCCUGCUAACUCGGAAUCUUUGAGAACAGUCACUGAAGAGACCUUGGAGACAAAGGUGAUUCAGCAGUCGACGAUACAGGUCCAGACGCGUUCUUACCCAGUAAUUAAACGACGUCAGGCUCAUGUCGGAUUGUACAAGAGGUUUCAGCGACUCCGUCCUCUCAAGUCACAGGUGAAGAUAGGCUCUACCGACUCACCCCAAUGGCAGCCGGUAACGCAAUUGAUUACUUGGUACUUGCCCUCGCCUGCCGACGAACGCUCUGUUCCUACUGUGCUUAGCGCGGCCGCCGUCGAGGGCGCCUCCGAGGACCCUAUCGAGGACAUCAUCAAGGACAAUGGGCUUGGCUUCUACAUCUCAUCUGUCGAUAUGUUGCGCUUGGACGCCUUCUUCCAUCAGGAGUACUCCGAUUAUAUCAUCGCGUGGAAGUUUGUCACCGUGAUGGCCGAUUCUGAAUCUGCAAUACUCGUUCUGCGUAUGCUCUUCUCGGUAGAGGGCGCCGAUGCAGAGAAUCCGCCAGAGGACAUUGCCGUCUUACUCCCUCUGGAAGCUAGCAACCACCCGGACGCGUGCUUCAAGCUCUGGCUUGGCGACCACUUUGUAGGCAUUACGAGGCCAGACGUGGCGCACUGGAGCGAUUGUUUCCCCCAAUGGCGCGACAUGGAGCCAUCGCAAUAUCAAUGGGACUGGGAGUUGGACUCGGAUUCACAUGAAGCGAACGCCACUGCGCAAUCCACCCUUUGCGCAGAGGUAGAGCAUGACUUUGAGGAUCUUGAUUAUACUUUCGGGCUUGGGAUGCCGGCGAUGGACUUCAAGGAUCUUGAUGAUGCUUUCGGGCUUGGGACACCAAUGGCGACGACAAUGUCAGCGGCGGCAGUCGUGCAUGGUACAACCGCUGCAGAAUACGACGCCGGCCUCGAUGACAACGAUUGGAACGAAGAUGCCAUGGCGAGGUUUAUUGCUACGCUGAACGUUCCCAAGUGGGCGACGACGCCUAUUCCGACGGCGAUACCUGUGGCCUUGGCAACGAUGGCGGCACGUCCUACGCCUUGUACGGCUUUGGUGCGCCGUGGCCGUGGCGAUUGUCAAUCUCAGACGACUACGCCUACACUGAUAAUCCCCGAAUGGGCUACGACCUCUUUUCCGACGGCGAUACCACCUGUCUUCUUGGCUAAGAUGAUGAGACGUUCUACGACUUGCACGGCAAUGGCCUACGCUGUCAGUUCCCAAGUGGGCUACAAGCUCAAUUCCGACGGUGAUACCACCUGUGGUUGUGAGUACAAUGACGACACAUCCCACGACUCGCACGGCAAUGCUAUGGUGGCGACACAUCCCAAGGCUUGUAUGGUGUUGGUACGCCGUGAACGUGGCCGUGGCGCUGGUAACACUCCGAUGCUUGAACCUAUUCUAUGGUGGCACGUCGUUCGGCUUGUAUGGCAAUGCUAUUCCGGCGGCAGCUAUUCCGGCGGCAGUUGUUCCGACGGCGGUUGUUCCUGCGGUAGUAUCGGCGAUGGUGACGACACAUCCUACGACUUGCAUGGUGUUGGCUCUAUUCCGACGACGAUUCCACCUGCUAUCUUGGUCAAGAUGAUGGCACGUCCUACGACUGGUAUGGCAAUGCACGAUGACGGCACGCCCUACGGCUCCUAUGACGUUGGUGCGCCGAGGCACUUGUAA